AUGAAGCCUUUGAGGUUCAUCUAUGGCGGAUUUGGGUUUCAGAAAGGCUACAACUUCGUCCUCUACGCAAUCACUGCCGGUGCUUUACUUGGGUUCGUUCUUGCACGAGUACAGUAUCUGGAUAUAGAUGGCAUAUUCCGGGAGGAAUCAAUUCCAGGAGAGUAUUACUGGUAUCAAUCUGGAUUUCGCAGGGUCGGAAUAAUCAUGCACCUUGUUGGUGUUCUCUUUGGUGGGAUGUUCGCCUUUCUACAAUUCACUCCAAUCAUUCGUCACAAAGCCCUCUGGUUUCAUCGAAUCUCCGGCUACCUUGCAAUACUGCUCCUGCUUGCGGGAAAUGCCGGCGUAUACAUGAUUAUAGACCAUUCGAUUGGAGGCGUCCCUGCAAUGCGAUUGUUCUUCGGCAUACUCGGAGCGAUGACGACUAUCGGCCUCCUCUUAGCUUAUGUGAACAUCAAGCGGCUUCAAAUAGAUCAACAUCGGGCUUGGAUGAUCCGCACAUGGGCAUGGGCGGGAUGUAUCAUCAGUCUUCGCCUCAUUCUUGAUGCCGCCACAGAAGUCGCGCACAGGUACGACAUCACCCUACAUACGCCCAUCCGAUGCGACGAGAUAUUCUUCAUGUACCUAAACAACGCCGGUAUACCCAACGAACAAAACCCGACGGGCAAAAUUUACGAGCAGUGUGGUGACAAUGCGAGCACAAACCCAUUGGAGAUACUCAUCUCAACCGAGGCGGGCGGGCCAGAAAGUGCUGCAGCGCUCCUGAGGCCAAUGUUUCUCAUGAGCGCAUACCUUGCUAUCACAAUCCACGCACUUUUGGCGGAGUUGUAUUUAUGGCUCACCCCUGCGGAGCAUUAUAGACUUCGGAUCGUAUCAUAUCAGAAGCAGGUCGAGAAAGGCUUGAGGAAGCGCGGAAGCCCGAAAGAGGCUGGACUGGGAAGCACUCGGUUCGGCGAUGCUCCCGAAUGGUGGUCGUUGUUGCGAGAGGACCAGGCGGCCCCCACUGCGUGA